AGUCAUCAAAUCAGAAUGAAAAUACAAAGGCAGUACAGAAAAUAUCCUAAAGCAAGGACUCAGAAACUGGGGGAUUUGUUGGAUGGAAAGCUUGGGAUCUUGGGCUCUUCUGAGAUUGGCUGGGACAUCUGCAGGGUACAAGAGGAGCCAGUGUCCUGUGAAUGUGGUCUUGGGGACAUGCUCCAGGUCACUUGGUGGGUUUAUGGCAAAGCAGGAAUGAAUUCCGCUCUCCCACUUCCCUGUCACUGCUCCUCUUUUGGCCUGGCCUUUGCUUAUUCUCUGCCACCUUUCUGUGAUAGUGGAGAAAACAGUAGGGAGAAAUAACGAACUUUUAAAACUACUUGAUAUGGGCAAAAAUAAAGCAGGGGACCGAGGAGUAGUGUUUGCAGUAGCAGAAGUGAAGGGGAUGCUAAAUUGGGAGGAGCUGCUGACCCCCUGGAAGGCAGAGAGGCCCCAGAGAGUCCCUGACAAAUGCUGGGGCUGAGCAACCCCCAGCCAUGUGACAAGUGACAAGUGUCAGAUCCUGCCCUGGGAUGGGGCUGCCCUGGAGGCAGGGACAGACUGGGAAUGAGAGGCUGGAGAGCAGCGCCGUGGGAAGGGACCUGGGGGUCCUGGUCAGUGGCAAGUUGGAUCUGAGUCACUGCUGUGUCCUGGCAGCCCAAAGGGCCACCCUGUCCUGGGGGCACCAGGCCCAGGGAGGGAUUGUCCCACUCUGCUCUGCACUGGGGCAGCCUCACCUCCAGUGCUGGGGGCACUUUGGGCACCACAAGGUCAGGAGGAUCCCAAGCUGUUGGAGAGUGUCCCAAGGAGGGACACGGAGCUGGGGAAGGGGCUGAGGAGCGGCUGAGGGCACUUGGCUCGUUCAGCUGCAGCACAGGAGACUGAGGGGAGGCUCCUCGGGGGCUGCAGCUCCUCCCGAGGGGAGGCAGAGGGGCAGGGGCUGAGCUCUGCUCUGGGCCAGGGACAGGAGGCCAGGAAGGGCUGGAGCUGUGCCAGGGCUUGGCAUGGAGCUCAGGGAAAGGUUCUUCCCCCCGAGGCUGCUGGCACUGCCCAGGCUCCCCAGGGAAUGGUCCCGGCCCCGAGGCUGCCAGAGCUCCAGGAGCGUUUGGCCAGCGCUCUCAGGGAUGCUCAGGGUGGGCUUGGUGGGGUGGCUGUGCAGGGACAGGGGCUGCACUGAUGGUCCCUGUGGGUCCCUUCCAGCUCUGGAUAUUCCAAGAUUCUUUGAUUCUCAAAAUGUGCCUCAAAGCAGAUUCCCACAGGAGUUGGGAAGCACCACAGAGAGCCAGGAGCCAACAAAUCAUCUCAACACCUAAAUGAGGCAUUAAGUCUGAUCUAUUGCUCUGUCUGAAACCUCACCAGGGAACACAAGUAUUAGAAAUGGCAGAAAAGGUGAAUAACUUCCCACCACUCCCCAAGUUCAUCCCUCUGAAACCAUGUUUCUACCAGAAUUUUGCUGAUGAAAUCCCCAUCGAUUACCAGUUCCUGGUGAAGAGAAUCUAUCAUGUGUGGAUCUUUUACUGCAUCACGCUGGCCGUGAACCUCAUUGCCUGCCUGGCCUGGUGGAUCGGGGGAGGCUACGGGGUCAACUUUGGCCUGGCCAUCCUCUGGCUGAUCCUCUUCAGCCCCUGUGGCUACGUCUGCUGGUUCCGCCCUGCCUACAAAGCCUUUCGGUCGGACAGUUCCUUUAAUUUCAUGGCCUUUUUCUUCAUCUUUGGCGCGCAGUUCCUCCUCACGGUCCUGCAGGCAAUCGGCUUCUCCGGAUGGGGAGCGUGUGGAUGGUUGGCAGCCAUCACCUUCUUCAGCACCAGCGCGGCAGCUGCUGUGUUCAUGCUGUUCCCUGCCAUCAUGUUCACGAUGUCAGCAGUUGCAAUGCUCAUCUGCAUUAUAAGGGUACAUAAAAUCUACCGAGGGGCUGGUGGAAGCUUCCAGAAGGCUCAAGAUGAGUGGAACAGCGGCGCAUGGAGGAACCCUCCCAGCAGGGAGGCCCAGUACAGCAAUUUUUCUGGGAACAGCCUGCCAGAGUAUCCCACAGUGCCCAACUACCCCUCUGCAAACCAAUGGCCUUAAGCAGCAACAGCUGCAAACUGCCUGGAGUCUCUCCUUUUUGGUCUUUUUAUUCUUGUUCUUGGAAAAGAUCAUUUGCAUUCCCCCCCUCAAGCACCCCACUCAUCUCGGGGACCUUUCUGGUUCUUGUCUCCCGAUCCCUGCGGAAUAUCCGUGCUCUCAGCCCUUCCCACUGCAUUGCACUGCACGGCCAUGGCAGAAAGCUUUUUGUUUGCCUUGAGUCACCAGUAUUUGCCUCGUUGCAGAGUGAGAACAAACCCUUCACUGCCCUUGCUUGAGGGAAUCCUCUCCUGACCAUCCCUGGAAAAGGCUCAGCUUCCCCACGAUGGCAACACUCCCACAGCUGCUCCUGCCCCUGCUCCUGCUCAGCUUCCAUGGAAUGCCCAGCACAGCACCACACUAUCUGUAGCAAAAGCAAUCAGAGCAUUAGAAGCAACUGGUGUUUACUCUCCUGGAUGAAUAAUGUGGAAUUUUUCACUCUAAGGGAAAUGCAGCACUCCAAUUAUUUAGUACUGGUGACACUGAAGUGAUUUGUGAAAGCUCCACCCCCCGUGGGAGGAUCCCUGCAGGUAACAGAGGUGCCCUGGGUGAGUCCUCGGAUGGGAAGCCCCCACAAGUCCUCCUUUGCCUGGCUCAGACUGUUGUGAUGCUACAGCUCUUGCUUUCCCUGCUGCCAAAACCUCUUGCCGGAUCUGUGUGUUCCAAAGGUGCAGAUUCAUCUCCUUAGGUUCCUGAUUGCUCGCUAAAGCCUGAAGCAAAGCCCAGUGGAAACCAGUGCAGAGCUGACACUGGGCCUUGGUGGUGUUCACCCUGCUACAGGGACUCAGCACGAGAUUUCCCCACCAUGUAACUUCCAGCCAGUUUUGUGCUGGAUGCAAGGUAAUGAUUGAUCUCAGUGCUGGAGCCCCAGUGUGGUUUGGAAAUGCUUCUCUUACAAUGAAUAGUUUAGUUCUGCCUUCUGCUGGUGUAGCUGAACUGCAGAUAUUACAGUGGGGUCUGGGAGACCAAGGGAAGCUUGUUAGUCCUCAUGGCUGCUGUUGGCUCUGUGGCUGGCAGGACUUCCAUGAGAGAGAGAUUCCUGCCUUUCUCCAACAAUCAGCUGAAGGAAGGUUGAAGCUGUUGAGAGGGAUUGUUUUCCCUGAGAUUAUCCUCCACCUUGUCAUUCAUCUCCAUUCUGUGCCUGAGCCAUCCAAUUCCCUGUGUCCUACAGCGAUCCAGGCAGCAAAGGCUGCGGUUUCCUCUUCCCACUCAGCCUGCUGUGAAUUUUUUAAAACCUGUCCAAACUGGGAGGUCAGUUCCCAAUUUUUUUAUAGGGAGUGAGUGUUCCAAAUCUUUGGCUUUCAAAGUUUUUGCCAGUGAUCCAGAGUGCUCCAUUUGGGAGACCUAGGAGGGUUGGGCACCCUGGGGAUCAGACUUAGAGCCUGCUGCCUUGGCAGGCUAUUCAUGGGGUUAUUCCAAAUUCCCAAAUUCACACUGAGCAACUGGAAAACAAAAUUGGCUCCUGGAAAGGGACAGGGACAUGGUCCUAGCUAGGUGGAAUUGAUUUGCAAGUGGUCUUUUGAAAAUUUUUCUCUACAUGUGCCUUAUCUAAUGAAAUCACGGUUCACAGAGGAGAGCUCCCGCUUCCCCCUCGCCCCUGCAGAAUUCCCUGUUUCCCUACUAACUCAUCCUGUGUCACUGUAAAUAAUGAGGGAAGCACAGUCUGGAGUCUGCACAACCCCUGUGUUACCAGGGCCAAAGCAAAAGCAACCCCGGAUUUCCCCAAAUUUCCGUUUACAGCCACGCUGACCCCUGCUGCAGGAGCAACCCUCCACUGGCUCUGGGACGUGGAAUGUGCUCCCAACACCAGGGGUUUGUCCUGGAGAGUGUGCAAUGUGCUUGGGAGGACGAGCUCUUGGAGCCUUCUUAACAGAACAUGACCUGAUAGCAUUGUGAAGCUUUUAGGUGCCUUUGUCUAGUGUCAAGUGUAAUUUUAAGUGUUCUUUGUCGCUUGCCAUCGGAGUAAUGAAAGAACUGCCUGGCGUUGACUCCCUGGAAAUACGAUGGAUGCACCACGGGGCGAGGGUCAACGGGGCCGAAGGUGGGAUUGGCCACACCUGGGAGCCAGGACAUGGUGCACCCAUGUCCCUCAGUCAAGCCCCUCACCAUCCUCAGCCUCUUGCCAAAAUUGUUCAAAACCGUUUGAUACCUGCCCCAUUUCAGUGUGUCAAGUUGGAGGUUUUGAAGAAACCAAGAGGAGAAGCAUUGCUGGGGGCUCCACAUCCUGCUUCUCUUUGGGAUUUUCCCCUUGGAGAAUCUAGGGGCUGUGUUGAAGCACCUACCCUCAUUCACACUGGAAAUGUUUGAUUCAAGGAGGGGGGGUGCCUGGGAGCCUGCCCACUGGAAUGGUUGGAGCUGGACACCAAAAUCACACCCUGUGAGCCUGCACCACCUGAGAUCCCUGUGGAGAUCAGUGCACCUCAGGUGGGAACUCCAUCUCAUCCCCUCCCUCCUCUUCGAUGCCAGAAACCGUAAUUCCAGAAAGUUGACCCAACACACUGCCUGAACAAAUGGCUUUUUUUUUUUUUUUUUUUUUGGACUUCUCUGUAUGUUUUUAAAUGUUUACAUUAGAUUUCUAAAAGUUCUUAACACCAUUAACCCGGCCCUGGCUCCUGGUGUGGUCGGGCGUCAUGUUGGCAUGUCUGUGUGUGAUGUUUCAUGUCACCUGUGGAGCUCUGGGUUUUGUUUGUGUUUUUCUCCUGAUCACAAGACAAUAAAUGCUCAUCCUGUGCUUGAUGAGGAGAACUGG